GCUAUAAAACUCCUCACAGUGAGGAUGAGGAGUCACAGCGCAGUUUCUCACAGCUGGCACGAGGACAAUUUCAACUUUCACUCUCUUAAAUCUGGGACCAUGAUGAUCCCAAGCGUCAUCGCGCCUCCUGCCAUGUACCCGGGUCUUUAUCGGCCCGCCGCCGCUCUGCCGCUGCAUCACACCCUCCCCUCCAACUUCCCGACCUACUCCAGCUUCCUUGUGGAGGAUCUGCUGCGGAUAAGCCGCCCCGCCGCCUUCGUAAAUCGUACCGGAGCAGCCAGCGCCUCCAUGACCGCAGCAACUACCACCGCGUCCUUCAGCGGCGCGCCCGCAGAGCGCACGGCGGUGGUCACCACCCCGGUGACACGCGAAUCGUGCACCCCAAAAACGUCGCUGCAGAGCAGCAAAGACCCGAGUUUUCUUAAGUUCGGAGUGAGCGCCAUCCUCGCCCCGUCAACAAAGAGCGCGCUCUCACCCCCCGCAGUGCACAGCCUGCACCCCAAGACCUUCCCUGUGCCCUGUUUGGACGGAACCUUCCACCCCAUAUUCAGGACACCCUAUUUACCAGCGUCUUCCUCCGUUGUUCCAAUCCCGGGUACAUUUUCGUGGCCUCUGGCCGCGCGUGGGAAGCCCCGCAGAGGGAUGCUGCGCAGGGCGGUGUUCUCCGACGUGCAGCGCAAAGCUUUGGAGAAAAUGUUCCAGAAGCAGAAAUACAUCAGCAAACCCGACAGGAAGAAACUGGCGUCAAAACUGGGCCUAAAAGACUCACAGGUGAAAAUCUGGUUCCAGAACCGCCGGAUGAAGUGGAGGAACUCUAAAGAACGGGAGCUGCUGUCGUCCGGCGGAUGCCGCGAGCAGACGCUGCCCACCAAAACCAACCCGCAUCCGGACCUGAGCGACGUGGGCAAGAAGUCCUCCGCCGAGGAGGAGGAAGAGGAGGAGGAGAUGUUGGAGGAGGAGGUGGCCUUCAGCAGGGAGAGAGUGAGGGCGCCGAGCUGCGGAGGCGCGUCCUCUCCGUCCCUGUCCAGUAAGAACUCGGACUUCUCAGAGUCAGACGACGAAGAAAUCACGGUGUCCUAAUUAAGAGUCACGUGACGCGCGCGGAGCCG